AGCCGAGCUUGUGGACCAUCGUGAGGAAUGACGAAGAAGACACCGCGCCGCCCGCUGGCCUGCACAUAACAACUAUUACACCGUUACCGGGUGGACGGCGCGUGACGAGCCGCCAUGUCCCAGCCCCAGGUGGGCGGCAAGAGCAAGGACGCGCAGCCGGAGUCGGCCACGGCGCCACCCUCGGUGACGGUGUCCAAGCCUGCGGGUUCGCCGGCGACGUCUUCCAGCCGCCUGCCAGCAUCCUCGUCCAGUCGCGCCACUGUUCAGGGGUCCGCUCUAGUAUCCGAAGUUAUCGGCGCUGUACCUGUCACUGAAGAGAGGAACCCGAAAAAGCCCAUCUUACUCCUCCUCGUGGGUGCGGCGGUCAUUGCUUUCAUGGUAGUCCUCAUCAUUGGCACUGUCAUCUUGGCACGGAAGGAUACGAAGCAGCUCUCCGCAAAAAUAUCGGUGGCUGCGACAAGGAGGAGUCUUAGCGCGAAGACACCGCUGGCUACAGCCCCCGUCAGAAACGUAGUCAAUGGGUCCUCUGCUCAGAGCACAGUCUCGAUGGAAAUGGCGAACCCAACUUGCAACGCAUCGGAGGCUAUUGGAUGCGUGCGCUCGGACGAGGCUGUAGGGAACUCGAACAGUUCCAGUGCGCCUGAGCAUAGCUUGGUUUCGGAAGCCGGUACGCUGAACACAACGAGCGAGAUCCAUGACCACGAAUAUUCAAUGCUCGAAACAGAAACCGCCGUGGCGGCAUCGGAGCCGGUCAAUGCAUCUGGUGUAGCAGCUGGUGGCGAUGGAGGAAGAAGCCAUGUUAGCUCGGAUGAGGCCACGAACGCGUCUGGUGACGAAGGCAUGUUCGCGAUGAAAUUCUCUGACAGCCCGGUAGUGAGCCUCUCGAGUACCAUGGACGCAACCGUGGUGCCUCUGGAUGUCUCGGACAGCGCACAAGCAUUGAGCACGGAGGAAGUCGAAAUUGCAACGUCAGGGACUCCUGGGGUGGCUAUGAGUAGUGAUCAAUGAAGACAGCAGGCAGCAUCCAAGGUAUUACAUCCACUUAGGCACUUGAAGGCGGAACCUGAAUAAAAUUAUUUUCGU